GUGUGGUCCCCGCCGCCGCCCCCGGCGCGGGGGGGCGCGAAGCUGGCGGAGCUGGGCCGGGCGGGGGGCGGCGGCGGGGCCGGUGCCGGGAUGAUGCGGACCCAGUGCCUGCUGGGGCUCCGCACCUUCGUGGCCUUCGCCACCAAACUCUGGAGCUUCCUCCUCUACAUGCUGCGCCGGCAGGUCCGCACCGUGAUUCAGUACCAGACGGUGCGAUACGACGUCCUGCCCCUCUCCCCCGUCUCCCGCAACCGCCUCAACCAGGUGAAGAGGAAGAUCCUCGUCUUGGACCUGGACGAGACCCUGAUCCACUCACACCAUGAUGGUGUGCUGCGGCCCACCGUGCGCCCAGGGACCCCCCCCGACUUCAUCCUCAAGGUCGUCAUCGACAAACACCCCGUCCGGUUCUUCGUGCACAAGCGGCCCCAUGUGGAUUUCUUCCUGGAGGUGGUGAGCCAGUGGUACGAGCUGGUGGUGUUCACGGCCAGCAUGGAGAUCUACGGCUGCGCCGUGGCCGACAAGCUGGACAACAACCGCAGCAUCCUCAACCGGCGCUACUACCGGCAGCACUGCACGCUGGAGCUGGGCAGCUACAUCAAGGACCUGUCGGUGGUGCACAGCGACCUCUCCAGCAUCGUCAUCCUUGACAACUCCCCCGGCGCCUACCGCAGCCACCCAGAUAACGCCAUCCCCAUCAAGUCCUGGUUCAGCGACCCCAGCGACACGGCCUUGCUCAACCUGCUGCCCAUGCUGGAUGCCUUGAGGUUCACAGCCGACGUCCGCUCCGUCCUGAGCCGCAACCUGCACCAGCACCGGCUGUGGUGACAGCAGCCCCGCCCCGCCCUGUCACCACCACCCCCACCGCUGCAGGGACGGGGACCCCCCGGGCCCCCCCCAUGAGGGACAGAGCCCACGCCGUGGGGACUCCUCGGGGACUGUGCCAGCACCGUGGGGACCCCCUGUACCCCCCCACGAGGGACGGACUUUGCGCCGGGGGGGAACACACGAAGCUUCUCCCCCUGGCCGGUGGGGGGGGAGCAUGGAGCCACCUGCCCCAACUUCAGUGCUGGGGGGGCGCGGGGGCUGCCCCCCCACCGGACGGAUGGACGGACACGGACAGAUGGGCACUGCCAGCCCCGCCCUCUUGUUUUUAAAAGACCUCGGUCCCA